AUGGACGUGAUGCUCCUGGUCCAGGGCGCUUGUUGCUCCAACCAGUGGCUGGCCGCGGUGCUGCUCAGCCUCUGCUGCUUGUUGCCCUCCUGUAUCCCCGCCGGCCAAAGUGUAGACUUCCCCGGGACGGCUGUGGAGAACCUGGUGGUCCGGAAAGGGGACACGGCGGUGCUGAGAUGUUACUUGGAAGAUGGAGCUUCAAAAGGUGCCUGGUUGAAUCGAUCAAGUAUUAUUUUUGCAGGAGGAGACAAGUGGUCAGUAGAUCCUCGAGUUUCAAUUGCAACAGCAAAUAAAAGGGAAUACAGUCUCCAGAUACAGAAUGUGGAUGUGUCAGAUGAUGGUCUAUAUACUUGUUCAGUGCAGACCCAACACACGCCCAGAACCAUGCAGGUGUACUUAACUGUGAAAGUUUCUCCAAAGAUAAGUCAUAUCUCAAAUGAUAUUGUGGCGAACGAAGGAAGCAACAUCACACUGGCCUGCUUAGCUACAGGGAAACCUGAUCCUUCCAUCUCUUGGAGACAUAUUUCUCCAUCAGCCAAACCCUUUGAAAAUGGACAAUACUUGGACAUCUAUGGAAUUACAAGAGACCAAGCUGGGGAGUAUGAAUGUAAUGCUGAAAAUGAUGUCUCAGUUCCAGAUGUGAAAAAAGUAAAAGUCACAGUAAACUUUGCCCCAACAAUUCAGGAAAUAAAAUCCAGUGGAGUGACUCUUGGAGGCACUGGAUUCAUAAGAUGUGAAAGUGCGGGUGUUCCUUCCCCAGCUUUUGAAUGGUACAAAGGAGAAAGAAAAUUGAUCAAUGGGCAACAAGGAAUUACUAUAAACAGCUACAGUUCAAGAUCAUUUUUAAAUUUCAACAAUGUGACAGAAGAGCAUUUUGGCAACUAUACAUGUGUCGCUGCCAACAAAUUAGGCACAACCAAUGCCAGCCUGCUUCUUAACCAAAUUAUUGAGCCUACCACUACUAGUCGUGUCUCAAGCUCAGCUCCAAGUACAACCCAGCUUGGAAUCACCGGCGGCACAGAAGUUCUCUUAUCCUGCUGGUACCUUGUCUUGACACUGUCCUCUUACACCAGCAUAAUGCACCUGAAGAACAUCAUUCUACAAUAA